AUUCAGGUAGCGACUUCAACGAGGGGGUUAUAAUUUUGCAGACCCCCUAAAAAAAGUGAUUAGCUCCGUAAUCUGUACACGACUUCAUGACGUCUUCAGUCGCCUUUAACAGAAUAAUAACACAAUCCAGUAGUUCCGCAUAGUGACUGAUGACUCGAUGAUCGAGUGGGCGGGGCUUCUUUAGUUCAGGUGCGUUCAGACAGGUGUGUUGAGAAGAAAAGACACCCGCUUCAACUGGCUUUCUAGAAAGAUGAUUUAAAAAUAAGACUGUUGCUGAUAUGUUAAGACAAACAUGCGAUCCUCUGUGAUUCUACUACUCGUUGGGAUUUCUCUCGCAUUUGCCGGAAAACACUCUCUAAAAUAUUUCUACACUUCUGUGUCUGGAGACAAGACGUUCACUGCAACUGGUCUGGUUGAUGAUGUUCAGUUUAUGUACUUUGGUAUCAACACAAAGAAAGCUUCACCAAAAACAGAAUGGGUGAGAGAGAUUGAAGAAUCAGAUUACUGGAAGAGACAGACACAUUUAUUGGUUGAACAACAUCACUGGAUUUUAAACACCAUCUGGACAGAGUCAGCAGGUGAGCACACAUACCAGAUAACCUACGGCUGUGAAUGGAACGAUGAAACUGGGAAAACAAAUGCGUUCCGUCAAUAUGGAUAUGAUGGAGAGGAUUUCCUGUUUCUGGAUUUGAAGAGGGAUGAAUGGAUAUCUCCAGUGAAGCAAGGAUUCAGGACUCAAGAGAGGUGUAACAAUGAAACCAUCCGUCUUGUGCACUGGAAAAACUACCUUAAAAUGGAUUGUAUUGAGACUUUGAAGAAGCUCCUGACGCUUGGAAAGAGCAGCCUGGAGAAAACAGUCUCUCCUCAGGUGUCUCUGUUACAGAAGAACGCCUGCUCUCCAGUGUUGUGUCACGUCACACACUUUUAUCCCAGUGAUAUUACAGUCACCUGGAUGAGAAACGGACAAGAGCUUAAGAAUGUGAAGGUUGGGAAACUUCUUCCCAAUGAGGACGGCACCUUCCAGAAGACUGUGACCCUCCAGACUGAAGCUGAUGAGUGGAGGAAGAAUGAGUUCAGCUGUGUGGUGAAACACCAGAGCAAAACCUUCAGAAAGACUCUGACAGAGAAGGAAAUCAGGACUAAAAAUAAAACAGCUGCUCCGUUUGACGUGACUGUUGUUGUUGUUCUUGUGGCGGUGAUUCUGUCACUGUCGCUCAUCAUUGGUGUCAUCGGAUAUUUUGUAUAUCAAAGGAAAUUGAAGCCAGCGCUUUCAGGUUCUGCGUCAAAAUGCUGGCUCAGUUUUUGCCGUAUUUCAGGAUAUGUUACUGCCAACACGUCUCCCAGUGACUCUGAAAACACAAGUCAGUCAUCAACAGAAUCUUGAGACGUGAGUUACAGUUCAUUGAUCACUGCAGCCGUCUGGAGCAGACGAAGUGAUCUUCAUUCAUCACAUCAUUUAUUCACUAUGAAUAUCAAUGUACGGUUUUAUUUUUUAUCGUUAUGUCUCUUUCUUGGAUAUAUUUUUAACAAAUUACCUUUUAUUAUAAAAUGUACAUAAUAUGUAUAUAACUUUAUCUAACAGGGUUACUGAGGGCCUUUCAUAACUGUGAUUAUUCAUUUAGCCUCGCUGUCAAUAUGUGCUUAUAGUUUACUGUUUAUUGAUAUGUCGCUUUAAUAUACAUCUUUUGAGUGAUUUAUAAUAAAGUUAUUAAUCAAUAUUUAUCUUUCUAAUUAUUAAAUGAUUUGAAUAACUUCUGUUAAAGGUGCAGUGUGUAAAUUUUAUUGCGCAUCUAGCGGUGAGAUUGCGAACUAACGGCGCUCACCCCUCCCUUUCUAAGCAAAAUAGAGAAGCUACGGUGGCCGUCUGGUCAACUCAAGACAGAUACAGCAGAGAGUAUGUUAGCUAGUCAAGCAGUGAAUCUACAACUAUUUCGACUGCUACUUCUUCUUUGUGCGUAAUCAACAUUAGUGACGAUGCAAGCUGCCUCUAAAAACAUGAACAUUUUAGAAGAAGAACAACAUAGUGAUGAAACACGCUCUGUGGAGCAGUUUGUCCAUUUAGGGCUACUGUAGAAACAUGGCGCAAAAUGGCGAUUUGAAAUGGACCCCCAGUGUAUGUAGAUAGAAAUGGCUCAUAAAAACAUGACGGUUCAUGCACUAAAAACAUAGUUAUGUAUAUUAUAUUGCAUUUCUGUCAAGAGUUCCUCCCAAAUUUUACACACUGCAUUUUAAAAGAAUUUAUUUUACUUUGUCAUCUUCAAACACUAGAGAAUAAUGAUGAAUAUUGUCUGUACCUCUCACUGCGAGACAUAUCAGUAUGUUUUGGGGAAGUGUCCUGUUCAACAUCAGCCUUGAAUUAUCAGUGUAUGUGUGUAUGUGUAUAUCUUUGUAUGUGUGCUGCUUCUCUUGUUUCCUCAUGUUGGCUCCUAGAAGAGCAGUUCUGUGUCCUCAGAGGGUCACUCUGUGCCUAAACCUGGUGUCAUCUGUAUAAUAAAUGGAGACAUGCUUAUGUCUAUCAA